GGAGGCGGCUGCAGCUGGGAAACAGCAGCUCCGGUUUCUGCUCGCGUUUGGGGGUGGGGUGGGAGGUGUGUGUGAGAAACGCCAAGCGAUGGAUCUUCCCUGCUCCUGACGCCGCUCUCCCCGUCGGGACUCAGCGGGCGCUGGAGGAAAGGAGCCGCGAGGGAGCAGCGCCGCUCGCAGCCCCGUGGGGAGCCGGCUGCGGGGAGCGGCGGCUGCCUCCGGCCCCCAGCGACUCCUCCCGGAGCGGCCCCUGCGCUUCACCUUUGCCUGCAGUUAACAAGCGUGCAAUUUGGGGUUAAUGGAGCUGGGGUUACUGUUCCUCUUUGGACUUACAAUUACAUCGACUGCAGGGUCCUCGCUGCCCCGGCCUCGCUCCGUGCCGGCCGGCGGCGAGCCGCGCUCGGCGGCCCUGGGCCGGGAGGAGCGGGAGGGCGGCGAGGCGGCGGCGGCGGCGCCGGGCGGCGGCGGCCGGGCCAGGGCUGACGGCGGGGCGCUGCGGCGGCGAGCCCGGCGCUGCACUUGCUACACCUACAAGGACAAGGAGUGCGUCUACUACUGCCACCUCGACAUCAUCUGGAUCAACACCCCCGAGAGGACUGUACCAUAUGGGCUGUCUAACUACAGAGGCAAUUUUAGAGGCAAAAGAUCUACAGGCCAGAAUCAAAGUACUUUCCAGUCUUCUUUUCGGUGUUCUUGUUUGGAUGCUCAUGACAAGCAGUGUACGCAGUUUUGCAGGAGAAUGCAAGACAGAAGAAGAAAUCACGGAUCAAUGAAAAUAACAGAGGAGAAAGACCAAAGCAGGGAAGAGGAGAAUGCUUUCAUUCAGUAGCACAGAGAGCUUGGAGGAUCCUGAACAGUCAGGUAUGGCUCAGCUUUAACAUUCAUUUGCUGAAGCUCAGAAGCAAGAACUUAAACUACAGCUCUCCCCUGAGAUGGACAACAUUGAUGCUUCAGUCUGAUGCCAGUGGAGAAUUCAGCAGCAUGCAACACUUCCAUUCCCUCAAUGCCAUUCUGAGGGCACGUGAACCUGUGUGAAGAAGCUUUCUCCCAUGCUCCCCUCGUGAGAGUCUCAGUAAAGGAUAAUUAUCACAUAACCUGGCAGGGAAUAUAUAGAUCAAUAUUGAACACAAAUACAAAGACUGAUACAAAUUUCAGCAACACAAUUUCAGGAAACAUUUUUCUACCUGAUUUUUAAAAGUAAAAUAGAAACAUACUGUUUCACUUAUGCUUGCUAUGUGUCUGAAGAACCCAUCCAGUUUUACGUGGGCAAUUGUAACUGGACAACGUGAUGAGUUAGAGAGAGAUUGCCUAUACAUGAGUUCUCAAUAAGAAUAAACAGAUUCAAAAUGUUUCUCUUGUUAAUGUAUGCAAGCCUGAAUCACCAUAUUGUAACCUUGUGGCAGAUGUUUAAAUAACAAUAUCUAUGCAGAAUAAAUAUGAAUGGCUAAUAUAAACAUUACUAUAAACUGUAGCAAGUUAAGAGUAUACACUGAGUAUUCAAUAGGUUACUGAAUUUAUGCACCGUGAUUCCUGCACAAAGUUCCAUUCAAUACACAGUGCUUAUGUAGAGAUGCACUGUAGCUGAUGAGCAGAACUCCAAUAAUUCAGCCCAAAUAAUUUCCUAGAGAUGAAAGGGUAGGACUAUGGAACUUCAAAAGAAACUUCACGUGAAGUACUAGAUCAUAUGCUAUUCAAAGCCCCUAACAUAGGUUGUCCUCCAUAAUACAUACAUUCAUCCUUUCUAGUCCUUUAAAUCACAUUUUUCCCUCUUCAGUGAAACAUCAUCACCGAACAACUUGGAAACUUGAUGAUGAGAUUAUAUCCACCUGUGGAUAUUUUUCAAUGGAAAAUGUAUCUUUAGAAAGUAUGGACUUUUUUGAUAGAAAGGUGCAAGAGUAAGCUUGAAAAAGAGUAAAUUUUGCACAUCCUGUUCAAUAAUAUAAUUUAAAAAGAGAGAGAGGAAAUCCCUUACUUGUAACAUUAUAGAACUUUAGGCAGACUUUCCCCAGGGUGCAUAGGUUAAACUGUAACCAGAUGACGUUAAAUUAUAUUUUAUUGAAAGAUGGAGACUAAAAGAAAACCUGCAAAAUGGGAAGAACAGUAAAAAUGGUUAUAUAGACUUAAAACAGUGGUGAUAGACUUUGUUUGAAACAAGAAAGGGAGGUCUUUUUGCUAAAAUAUAUAUGAUAUAUUAUAUAUAUAUGGAUAUAUUUCAUAAAUAAAUUAUUAUAGUUAUAAAAGUAAAUAUAUCUUUCAGUUAUUGCAUUUGUAUCAGUGUCUUAUUUGCUGUACAAAUGAUUUUGUACUUUUAUAGGACAUAGAUUAUUUAUUAUAUGGAAACUCCUCACAUAUAAUUUUCCCAUAAUUUUUUUAAAGGAACCGUAUAGCUUUCCCCUCCCCUCUGCCCCAGAUAAUCAGGCUUUGUUAUGAAGAAUGCUUAAUGCUCAUUUAUAACCACUAACAGGAUCAUUUUUUUUUUUUCUUUCCCUGAAUGCAUACACCUAGGUCAUACAAAAUCUUGCCUUCUUCAGAACAGAUUGAUAGCUCUAAAAGUCUGUGAACUGAAUAUGUACCCCUAGCAGUUCAUGUAAAAAUCAAUCUGUCCUGAGCACAGCAAAAGAAAGAACAUGAGAAAUAACUGUUGCACCAAACCAGGAAAGGACAAAAUUCAAAGUUUACUGCAGAUAUAUCCAAAUUAAUCUAUAAAUGCAGCAUACAGCCAAACAAUGUAUGUGCUGGGUUCUGGACUAUAACUACAGUUAUUCUGUCUGAGAAUAGCUUACGACCAUGAGAUUAUUACCUACUUUUGAUAUGUUUAUGGAAAAAUUCACCACUAGCAUCCCUCAUGUCUCAGGGAGUCAGUCUAUCUAUUUUUAAUGGUAUGCAUGUUGGACUAAUUGGAAUUUAAGUUCCUUAAAAAUUUCACACAAAAAUAAUACACAACUGGUGAAUGUUUUAAGUAAGAAACUUUUUAAAAUGUGAUAAAAUGAUUAUUUGCAGAAGCUAGAAAUAAAUCUUUUCACAUGUGACAUGAGCAUAGCUAGGUGUACUACAGAACUAUUCUUCCGGGAUAUUGUUUUGAGGACACUACUGUAUAGUUUUGUAACAACAAAUUAGUUCCAGUUCUUACUCUAUUCCAUGUACAACUGUUUCUAUGCAACUUUUCUAAUUUUGUCAGCAUGGCGUAGCUCUCAUUCUAGUAUCCAUUAAUAAAAGUGCAAUUUUCAGUUUUUAAUAGGAAUAACAGCAAUAAAUGAUCAGAGGUCUAGAAAACAUU